CGGGGACAGGCAGGAGCUCCUCUGUGAUCACUGAUCGUCGAUCGAUACCUUCUCUGAUGCGAUUAUUCUAACAGGUUCAGAUAGGUAUUAUUCCUUAAUAUAUUAAAUCAAGUUGAGCACUCCAGUUUUUGGAUGUUAAACAAGACCAUUUUUUUUCCUAACUUGAUGCAUUUUACUUUUUUCUAAAUCUAGCUCAAGGUCUUUUUAGAGAACAAAAUGGACAAGGUGAGUGGGAACAAUGCAACUGUGGUGAAUGCCUCCAUCGACAAGUGGUCAUUCAAUGAGCACUCGUUCCAACACCUGGACCCCAGAGAGUUGAGAGUCCUGGUUCCGGCUAUUCUGGGAGUAAUCUGUGUCUUGGGUGCGGCUUGUAACCUAACUGCCAUGGUCAUCCUAUUCUCCAAUGCUCACCGAGGUAAACUAUCUCUCAUAAACUCCCUUAUCUUCAACAUGAUGUUUGCUGACGGACUGGUGCUGGCAUUUUCGAUGCCUUUCAGGGCUGCUUCCUUCUCCAAGGCUAGCUGGGAUCUGGGUUGGGUGGUCUGCAAGACAGCAGACUGGUUUCUCCAGUCCUGCAUGGCGGCGAAGAGCUUCACAGUGGCUGUGAUGGCCAAAGCGUGCUACCGCUAUGUAUCAAACCCAACACAGCAGGUGAGCAUCCACCUGGGCUCCAUCUUGGUGGUAUUCUUCUUCAUCUGGUUGUCCGCCUGUUCCGUCACCAUCCCUCACUGGCUGUUUGCUACGCUGCAGAGACGGAGCCGAGGGCUGGUGUGUGUGCUUGCAGUUCCUCCUGAAGCCCAGAAUUUUAUGUCUGUGUACGUUAAAGCAUACCCUCUAGUGGUCUACUGUGCCCCUCUCAGUUUUGCCCUGAUUUAUUUUUGGAAGGCUUAUGGCCAGGGCCAGCGUCGCUCCAGUAAGACUCAGAACUUGCGCACACAGAUCAGGGCAAGGAAGCUCACCUUGAUGCUGUUCAGCCUGACUGUGGCCAUGGCUAUUCUCUGGCUUCCACAGUGGGUGGUGUGGCUUUGGGAGCGUCAUAUUGCAGAGAGGGAUAUUGAAGGCGCCAAGCCAUUAGCAUCCUCUCUUCCCCUCCUUCUGACACUCUCUGCUCAGCUGCUCACCUUCUCUUUAUCCUUGGUGAACCCUCUCAUUGUGCUGUUCCUCUCAGAAGAGUUCAGAGAGGGCUACAAGGGACUAUGGAGACGCCUUACCCUGCGCAAACAACUUCCUCCAAAGCACAAAGCUGGACCUCACAUGCCUACAGCUCCUCAGUCCCCUUGUCCCAGACCAGAGACUUCUGUCCAGCUAAGAGGGGAGAACAGCUUUGGAUCAAGCUCAAGCCAGGGUCAAAGCAGACAGGCUCAGCCCCAGACAGAGCAAGAAGGAGGAAGGGAAAUAGACAUGGUGAGCCUAAAAGAUGGUAUUGUCUUGCCUGAUUUGGAGCAUUUCUGGCACGAGAGGGAGACUGGAUCACUCACAGACGAAAACGAUCCUGUGCCGUGGGAGCACCAGAGCAACGAUGGGAAAAAAUAACAACUACCCCCCUCCAGCUUAUCUUCAUCAUCUUCAAUAGUCCUCAGAUGAAAGCAGCUUCAUCAACAUACCUGAGUGUUGGACAUCCAGCACAUCAUUUGUAUUCUGUCAACUGUGUUUAUGAUAUUACUCAGAGGUAAGAAGUGCAAUCAUUGUGGAGUACAAUACAACAGUAUCGUCUGCAUAUUGAUUAACUUUGUAUUAUAGUGUUUGUUGAUUUUCUUUUUCUUGUUUUAGGAAAAAGAUAUGAAUUAGUCUAAGAUGACUUUUGGUGACUGUUUAUUACAUUUUCUGGCAAUAAUGUCAUUGUAAAUUCAAUAAUGUAAUUUAUAUAUAUAUAUAUAUAUAUAUAUAUAUAUUCAGUAUAUUUUGUGGUGAAUGACCAUCAAUAGGUACAACUAUCUGCAAGUAUUUUAACAUAAUACUAAUUAUACCAUUAAAUAAAAGUGUAUUAUGGAUUGGUCUGCACGUAAUCCCCUUAAGAGGGAUUGAAAAUCUUAAUUUACAUACAUGUACAUUGUGGUUGUAUUUUAUACUAGUGUGCAAUCAUUACUUGUGUAUACCCUUUGGAAAUUUGAGAUGUUGAAAUUGGCAGCUUUUAAUGGUCAGUGUUUCCCGCCCUCUUUCUGUGAGUGAGAUCAUUGUACAUCAGAACCACCAGUACACAAAAAAUAAUAAAUAUAUUCUAAAAAUUAAGUCUGUAUGUGAUAAGAGUGACUAGUGGUGUCAUAAAUGAUUUAAUAAAGAAGCAGAACCACUACAUAUGA